UACCGGCGGAGGCAAAGAGGCUCUGGCCCAAGCGAAGUGGGGGAGAAAAGAGACAAAAUUUGACAGAUUCCACCAUGAGUCAAGGUCAGGGGAAAGACAAUGGGAACGCUAAUGCGCGCCUCAAGAGCUACAAGAACAAAUCGCUCAACGCAGAUGAGAUGCGGAGGAGGAGAGAAGAGGAGGGCCUGCAGCUACGCAAACAGAAGAAGGAUGAACAGUUGUUCAAGAGGAGGAACGUGGCAACGGUGGAGGUGGAGGGAGCACUGGAGGAGGACGGCAUGUCGGACAGCGGAUAUCUGGAGUCACAAGCUAACAACAUGGACCAAAUAGCGGGGGCUGCGAUCUCGGAUGACAUGACUCAGAUGAUCUUCUCCAGUUCUCCUGAGCAGCAGCUGAUGGGCACACAGAGGUUCAGGAAGCUGCUAUCUAAAGAGCCCAACCCACCCAUAGACGAGGUCAUCGCCACGCCCGGAGUGGUGGACAGAUUCGUAGAGUUCCUCAAGAGGAGAGAGAACUGCACACUACAGUUUGAGGCGGCCUGGGUGUUGACCAACAUUGCGUCGGGGACAUCCCAUCAGACCAGGGUGGUGAUUCAGGCUGGAGCCGUUCCCAUCUUCAUAGAAAUGCUCAACUCGGACUUCGAAGACGUGCAGGAACAGGCGGUGUGGGCUCUGGGCAAUAUAGCAGGAGACAGCACAGAAUGCAGAGACUACGUAGUGGACUGCAACAUACUACCCUCCCUCGUACAGCUCCUGGCGAAACAGAACCGUCUCACGAUGAUGCGGAAUGCUGUGUGGGCACUUUCCAACCUCUGCAGAGGGAAGAACCCCCCGCCAGACUUUGCUAAGGUGUCUCCGUGUUUGAGCGUGCUCUCCUGGCUGCUCUUCGUGAAUGAUACGGAUAUCCUGGCUGAUGCGUGCUGGGCACUCUCCUACCUGUCAGACGGGCCCAAUGACAAGAUCCAGGCUGUCAUAGACUCUGGGGUCUGCAGGAGACUGGUGGAGCUGCUGCUACAUUCGGACUACAAGGUGGUGUCUCCAGCACUGAGAGCGGUGGGAAACAUUGUCACCGGAGACGACCUACAGACUCAGGUGAUCCUGAAUUGUUCUGCCCUCCAGUCCCUCCUGCACCUCCUGACGAGUCCUAAAGAGUCCAUCAAGAAGGAAGCCUGCUGGACCAUCUCAAACAUCACCGCCGGCAACCGUGCACAGAUUCAGAUGGUGAUCCAGGCCGGUCUGGUUCCUCCCCUCAUCAACAUUCUGCAGGUGGCCGAGUUCCGCACCAGGAAGGAGGCAGCCUGGGCAAUAACCAACGCCACCAGCGGGGGCUCUACUGAGCAGAUCAGGCACCUGGUGGAGAUGGGCUGCAUCAAGCCGCUGUGCGAGCUGCUGACGCUAAUGGACAGUAAGAUCGUGCAGGUGGCGCUCAACGGCCUGGAGAACAUCCUGAGGCUGGGGGAACUCGAGGCCAAGAGAGGAGCCGGGAUGAACCCUUACUGCGCUCUUAUAGAAGAGGCAUACGGUCUGGAUAAGUUGGAGUUCCUGCAGGGCCACGAGAAUCAGGAGAUCUACCAGAAGGCGUUUGACCUGAUGGAGCGCUACUUCAACUCGGAGGAGGAAGACGCCUCUUUGGCCCCCGCUGUGGACCUCACGCAGCAGCAGUUCCUCUUCCAGCAGUGUGAGGCCCCCAUGGAGGGAUUCCAGCUCUAACACACAUGGAUCACCCCCAUAUGGACAUCCCCCACCCCCCAGCUAAAGCCCUCUUGUCUAACCGUACCCCCACCCCAAGUUCCUCUUCCAGCAGUGUGUGAAGCCCCAAUGGAGAGACUCUAGCUCUAACACACAAGGGCGAACCCCCCCACCACCCCCCCCGUCCCUCUGUUAGAGCCCUCUUGUUCCUCAACCACCACGUCAAGCCUACCCCCAUUUAAAGCCAUUUCCUCAUGUCCCCUCUCUCCUCUCCGAUCCCCUUCCCAAUGCUCCAUGUACCCCCCCCUUCCCCCCAGCAGUGCGAAGUCCCAAUGGAGGGGUUUCAACUAGUCAUGUAUCCCCAUGACGCCCUCCCCCCUUACAACAGUGUGAUGCCCCCAUAUAGGGACACAGAAACACCACCACCCCAAUAUGGCCAUAUCCUGACUCCCCUGACAUAGGCCGGAGGGUUACUGGGUUCUAUCCCACAUCCGGCAGUUAUUAACGGCCCUCCAUCGGUUAAUGGGUCCCAUCCACCCCCUGUAAUGUGUUUGGGUCUCAUCUGCACUCACACAUGAUUGGUCCAUAUUACGCUCGUGGGCUACAGUUGAAUAUUCUGACACAGGCAGACAUUUUUGGAUGGCGUUCCCCUUCUCAGUCGUGUUAUUGGGUCCCACCCCACCCUACCCUGCCCCUUAUGAUAUGGAUCAUAUCUCCCUCAUGCGCCUCUUGACGGGACAUUUUUGAACCACGACCCCAUUCCCGUGUUAUUGGGUCCCACCCCCAUCAUCCUACCCCUUUACGGACGUUUUUGGAUGGCGUUCCCCUCGUAAUGUUAUUGGAUCCCAUCCUGCCCCUUACGAUAUGGAUCAUAUCUCCCUCAUGGGCCAAGGUUGAAUAUUCUGAUAGACACACCGACACAGACAGACAGACAGACCAGUUAACACAGACGUAAAACACACACACACUUUGGACUGACCGUGCGCCUGUGUGAUUGUGAUGCCGUGAUGACUCAGUGUCUCCUCUCCUCUCGCUGGCCUCGAUGGAGAGAUGUCGGCCAGUCUGACGUCCCCCACCCCCGACUCUUAAGACUACUUCGACGCACUUUUAUCUGAAUAAGGUGUUCCAUUUUCUUUCGUUUCAUAUUUCUCUCAUAUUUUUCUUUUACAUUUUUUUCCCCCUUUCUUUUUUCUUUUUUUUUUUUUUAACACUCGAUGACCGUUCGGGGAGCUGCUAGCACAUUCAGUAGUCAUGCUCGUGCUAGUCGAGUCUUGACUAGCAGCUAGUGCUAGCUGCAGCGUUAGCAUUUCAAACUCCAGUGAUGAGAUGGCAACAUUGUGACCGCGAGACUUUACAUUGUGACUGUGAGACUACAUCCACAAGACUUUUUAAUGUUGUCCGGACUGCGACUUGACAACGACGACGGAGCCUCUGAGCGUGUGCAAGCUCGGCUCAGAUGGACAUCAAGCAUUCCUACCAGAGACGAUGCGAAUCAAUCUCUCCCCCUUCUCCUUUCCUCUCAAGCAGCAUUCUAGAAAGCACCUUUGGAAUCAUGGGGGCUGGAGUCUUCCCUUUUGACUGAGACCAACGGACAAACAGGACAACAAGCAAACAAAAAAGAAGAAUAAAAACUAAAUAACAAGCAAACUCUUUAAUUGUGAUCUUGAUCUGACUUUAGAGGAUCGGACAGCAGAGACUCAACAGGACUCAUUUGUAUUCCCAUCCCCCUCAUCCUCAUCUGCACUUUACGCUCAAGACUGAAACAAGGACCCACACACACACACACACACACACACACACACACACACACACACACACACACACACACACACACACACACGACACACGACACACUCAGCCUCCCUCUCUGUGGAUUCCCCGUCUCUGAGGCAGAGGAGAUUUGAAGGUGAUGUUUAGGUGAUGCCAUCCCCUGGGCCCCCAGUUCUAGAUGGGGUUCCCCUCCCCUCAGUUCUAAAUGGGCAGAGGAGGUUAGAUGUAGUAAGUAAGGCACACAAGAUAUUUAUGAUGCUUACUAGAGAUUAUAAAUAUGGUUUGUUGUUGCUUGUUGUUCUACAUAAACACAACAAAAAAAGCAAAAUCUAUAUUUUGUGAUCAGGCUUUUUUCGGGGGAUUGCCAAGGAUUACCUUUGUGCAGGAACAAUUGCUUUCGUGUGUGUGUGUGUGUGUGUGUGUGUGUGUGUGUGUGUGUGUGUGUGUGUGUGUGUGUGUGUGUGUGUGUGUGUGUGUGUGUGUGUGUGUGUGUGUGUGUGUGUGUGUGUGUGUGUGUGUGUGUGUGUGUGUGUGUGUGUGUGUGUGUGUGUUUCCCAUCCAAACCAACUCUGGAAAAUGAGUUUGCUAGAUCAUGCUGUUUCAAAUGAAGACCGUCGUACCAGUUUAAAAAAACAACGAUGAAGAAAAAUUGAACCGUAGUGACUUUUUAAAAGCAUUUCUGUAUCAUUUUGUCAUUUGGGGGGAUAAUUUGUCAAUAAUACCACAGGUGCCAUAAGUCCUCAUUCAGAGAACGAGGUGGAAAAAAGAGAAAAGAAAAAAACUAAAAUACUUCUAAAUUAAACUUGAAAAUAAUUAUAAUAAAAAAAGAAUACUGGUUGAUUUCCUAGCUAAUGUUGCGCUAAGAUUGUUUGCGGAGUUAACGUUUCUUUUUUUAAGUGUUGAAUCUCCGUUGAAUCUACCAGCUCCUUGUCUUCAAUACUACUGCUGUUGUAUUGAGUUGUGUUCUCUGUUCUUUGCUGUUCCAUUUGCAUAAACGCUGUUUCAUGGA